AUGUUAAGGACCAUCUUAACCACACGCACGCUCAGAGAGACGGGUCGUGGGAAGGACUACUCGUGCUACCAAGUAUGUCCUGUUACAUCAUUCGCUAAAGAUUCGCCUUUAUUGGGCACUGCAACACAGUCUGAAGAUGCAUCAGCACCAGCACUGACUCCAGGUAUCACAGAUGAGUCAUCAAGAGUGGACACUAAAGCUGGUGUAGCGGUGGGUAAAAUACCAAGUCCAGCGCCAACUUUACAUGCAUCAUCAGAGGCUUCAGCGUCGGACUUUGGAAGUGAAUCAACGUCGGGCACAACAAAUUUGUCAGCAACAGAUCCAACUCAAGCAGAUUUAGCUCCAGAGCCAACUAUUACACAUGAGUUUUUAGAGACUUCGCAAUCGACACAGUGUCGGCGAAAACACCAAAACUGGGUGAAAAGAAGGCGUCAACGCUAG